GCCGCAGGGGGCUGAUCGGCGGCGCCUGCCGGGUCUCGCCGUAUCCGCCCGCAUCCCGGGCCGUGCGGGGGGCUCCGCCCCGGGGCCCCUGCCCACCGCCCGCCCGCGGCUAUGCAGAGCGGCAGGAGGGGGCCCGGCGGCGGGGGCCGGGAAGAGACCUUCCUGCGGGUGCGAGCGAACCGGCAGACCCGGCUGAACGCUCGGAUUGGAAAAAUGAAACGGAGGAAGCAAGACGAAGGGCAGGUAUGUCCCCUCUGCAGCCGACCUCUGUCAGGAUCCGAGGAGGAGAUGAGUAGGCAUGUGGAACAAUGCCUUGCAAAGAGAGAAGGUUCAUGCAUGACUGAGGAUGACUCUGUGGACAUUGAGAACGAGAACGGCAACCGAUUCGAAGAGUAUGAAUGGUGUGGGCAGAAGAGGAUACGGGCUACUACUCUCCUAGAGGGAGGAUUUCGAGGUUCUGGGUUUAUCAUGUGCAGUGGCAAGGAGAAUCCAGACAGCGACGCUGACUUGGAUGUGGAUGGAGACGACACACUUGAAUACGGGAAAGCACAGUACACAGAGGCAGACGUUAUCCCUUGCACUGGGGAAGAGCCAGGUGAAGCCAAAGAGAGGGAAGCGCUCCGAGGUGCUGUUUUAAAUGGUGGCACACCCAGUACCCGAAUAACACCGGAGUUUUCUAAAUGGGCCAGCGAUGCAGAAAUGCCCUCAACGAGUAAUGGCGAAAGCAGUAAACAGGAGACCAUGCAGAAGACCUGUAAGAACAGUGACAUUGAAAAAAUUACAGAAGACUCGGCAGUGACAACAUUUGAAGCGUUAAAGGCUCGUGUCCGUGAGUUAGAAAGGCAGCUUUCCCGUGGGGACCGCUAUAAAUGUCUCAUUUGCAUGGACUCUUACACAAUGCCCCUGACUUCCAUUCAGUGCUGGCAUGUGCACUGUGAAGAAUGCUGGCUGCGGACUCUGGGUGCCAAGAAGCUCUGUCCCCAGUGCAACACCAUCACGUCUCCCGGAGACCUUCGGCGCAUCUACUUAUGAAGGACCCAGCGGGAGGGCAGGCCCCAGCUACUCGGCUCAGCUCAUCCAUCACACCAAGGGGGAGAGGAACGACAGCAACAACAAAAAAGACCUUUUAAAAUUCAGAGAAGAUGAAAGGUUACAAACAAAGCAGAGACUCCAGGCACGGACUCGAGGAUACAGGAGCAGUGGGCUCGCGUGUUGAGACCUCCUUCAGCACCCGCAGCGGGCAAAACCAAACCCUUUGUUGUGAAGCCCCCUUUUUUAAGUACCAGUAUUCCCCAUCACCCGUCCCCUGGAGCUGGCUUUGCAUCGCGGAUGGCUCGUGAGCCCUCCUUUGGACUGUGAGGUUCACCACUCUGACCCCAGGAGACCUGGGGACAAGGGACCCUUGCCAGGAAGAUGUUAAAUAACCUGUAACUUGUGUUCUUCGUUCAGUUUUGUUCUGGUUUUGUUUUUAUUUGGUUCAGUUUGGGUUUUGGUUUGGUUCCGUUUUGUGGUGUUCUAGUGAUAAAACAUAAAGUUUAAAGGAAAGAAAAACCCACACCCAGGCAGAAAUGAAGCACAUGUAAUAUAGAUUAUAUAUGUUUACAAUGUUGUGUAUAAAUGGGAUAGACUCAAACAUUACAUACUAAUAAGUUUCCCUUUCUGGUUUGUUUUUUUUUUUGGGUUGUAUUUUUUUUAAAGAAGAAGAAAAAAAAAAUGAGCAGAGAACAUUAAACCCAUAUUUUUCUUGGUUCAGCAAAGUUUUGGCAUUAAAGUCAUUAGUUUAAACAAAGUAUAUAUAUACAUAUAUAUAAUAUAAAUGGUUUAAUGUUCUGUGGUGUAUAUUUCCUCAUUCAGAUAUGAAGUUAACAGCUUUUAGUAAUGGCUGUAGCAUUGCCCAUAACUUACAGAACUUAUGGGGAGUAGAGGAGGUGGAUUUUUGUCAUUAGUUGUAGCUAAUGGGGCUAUUUAUAAUAGAAUCGUUAUCCCCGGAAAGACACGGCUUUUAACUCCUCGCCAGGGGACCGGGCAGGGCGGGGGGAUCUGGCUCAGCCCCCUUUGCCUUUCCCAGCUGGAGAAGGAGCAAAUGGUGUGGAGCUGGAGCCCCUCGUGCCUCCUCCAAGGCCGUAGCCCCUUCCCCUGCCCCUGCCUGGCUUUGCUUUGCUGCUCCCAGUGCCAAGGCAGGAUGCUGGGAAGCGGUGGGCACAGGGAGGGAUGGAGGGGUCUGAGCGAUGGCUCUGUUGGUGGCUUGGCCGGUCCCCUCGGUGCCCUGGCAGCCAGCACUGCAGAGCCAGCCCCUGGCUUCUCACAGGUCUCUCCUCCUGCAGCCUGUGUUUGCGAAGGGGAUUUUGGCGCUGAGAGCCAGCCCUGCCUCAUCCCCAGGGCUUCCCAGCUGGGAUGCUUCCAGCUGGGGCCAGAGGUUCCCUGCAGCCCCAGGUUCUUCCACGCGGUCCCUCAUGCUUGUCCCUGUGUCCCCUGUCCUCAGCCUUAACCAAAGCUGCCGUCUGGCCUGUUGUUUUGUUGGUUUUUGUUUUAUCUCCAGGACCCAGGAAACAGAUUCUGAUCCAUUUCCCAAGGUGAACGCAUGCCCUGUGUGCCGACUGCUCCCAGCCCCAGCUUCCCGGGCAGCCAUGGGGUGCCAGCUCCCCAAAGUCAGAAGACAGGGAGAUGGAGAAGCUCAUCUCCUCCACUCCCGCUCCGUCUUUCCAAGCAGAUCCCACCUGGCACCACGGAGUGGCUGGGGCAUUUUAAGACAGUCCAGAGCCAGCAGUGGAUAAGGGGUUUGGAGCUGGGCACCGCUGGGCUGAUGGGGUGUUUCCAGAGAGGGAAGGGAUAGGGAGGUAGGAUGCCUGGAGUGAUAAUCCCAUUGCCACUUCUCUGCCCUGAGCUUGGUGCUGUUUUGCAGAGAACAACUGCUGUCCUUGGCAUCUCCCAGGUGAUUCCAGAAGGAUCCCACUGCACCCAAACCAAAUUGAAGGAGCUGUAUUUACAAACACCUCAGCAAAAGGCAGCAGUUCCCAAUUGAGAUGCAUCUCCUGGGUGUCCACACUCACAGCAGCAUGGUGGUCUCAGACCAGAGCUGCAGCCUCCCCUCCUUGAGAGCACAUCCCUGUGGAAUGCCUGGGGACCAGAGGAAGCCAGGGCACUCCCAUAGGGUCCUGCCUCCCCCUGGGCAGGGGAAGGGGCUCAGCGGUGGGUAACCCUCCAGCCAGCAGCACUGGGGAUGGGGAAGGGCAGGGACAGAGAACGUGGGUCUGGGUUUAUAGAGGUGGGAGGGAAGCUUUGGGAUGAGUAUGGAUGGGCUGUGAGUGCUGGAUUUGGAGAGGGUGCAGUGGGUUUGAGAGGCAGGAUACCCCAUCCUAACCUUUCAUUGGGAAUAGGCCCCAGGAGGGAGCCAGCCUUUCUGGCGGGUGUUGUGGACCAGCCGUGUGCUCUAUGUACGUCUGUGUAAAGCCACAUGUAACUCGUCGUUGGUUCUUGGUUUUGGGGGUUAGAUUUUUGUUGCUUUCUUUGGUUUCAUUGUAAAGCCAUCCCCUGUUUUCAAAGGGGGGCUGCAGGGGGAAGGCUGGGGAGAGAGGUUGGUCACAGGCAUCCGCCACUUCCCCUCUUCUGGAAUGAGUUGAAAUGAUUUAAAAAAGAAAAGAAGACCUAUUGGAGUUACCUAUCUUUGCCCAAAGAAUCCCAGUUGCACAAAGCGAUAUUCCGGUGUGUCGAUGAUUGUGUGUCAGUGUAUAUUAUACAAAAAGGUACUUGUCACUCCCGUUUGUAAACUACAUUUGACAUUAAUUAAACAAGUAUAAAUCUUC